UAAGUGUUCAGUAAUCAGUGUUUGCAACGUACAGUAUAACAAUUUCGGAUUUAACGAUAAUACAAUGGGCGUUUAAAUAAUAUUGACCGGUUUUCUAUGUCGAGGCCUGUGUUUUAAAAGUGUUAAAAUAUAAUAAAACGAAUAAUUACCCAUAUUAUCGUCAGAAAAUACGACACAUCUGAAGAUGACUGCAGAAUGGGGCAGCCUGCCUCUACUCUCUCUGAGAUGCAUAUUAGAUCAUCUCAGUACAGAGGAUGCACUUGCAGCACUGUCCACAUGCCGUCACUGGCGCAGUGCCAUUUUACUAUAUGAGGGACGGAAAGAAACAUUGAAGCUAAAUGUGAAACGCCUUGAAAGGAACCUGUUCGUGACAAGACUGUUCAAGAAGUACACCAGACGACUUCAAGUUAUCAUAGACAGUGACGUUAAGGAUCUGGAGAACUUUAUGAAUUAUGUCCUGCCACAAUUCUUCGACACUCACACUUUACAAGAACUAGUAUUUAUUGGGCCAGUUUAUUUGCAACAGAAGAAUAUUAUACCAGCUUCAAAAAUAAAUCGAAUUAUAACCGAAAGUUUAAUAUUUAAGAACUCUCACUGCCUACAGAGAUUCGUUUUGUUGGGUUGUGCCAUGGCUCCAGUGAAAAAUGAAAACGAUAGAUAUACACAUAAAAAUGUAGAAUAUUAUUCGAGGCCGCUCACAUUUAACGCAGUAACACCCGCCGAUACAGUUUUCUCAGGAUGCAACGCUGGUUUGAUGGCAUUUUCUUCUUUACGACAUCUGAUCUUCGACUUCGAUCUUCUAAGCACGAGUACGUUAGUCACUCUAUCGCAUUUGAGGCACGUGAGCGACCUCACACUGAACAUCGGACAGAAGAGACCGGUCAACUUGCCGCUAGUGGACUGGUCCUGUGCUAGCCGCGGACUCAGGGUCACCCUUAUUAUUAUAACAGUCCCACACUGCAUGAUGAAUAUGGUAAUCGAAGAGGUUUUCAUCGAGGGUCUACCACUGUUCUCACUGAAGGUUAUGUUUUGUGAAACGUUACACGUGGGUAUCCUAAAGCGUGUCGUGCUAUUGUACAAAGAGACGAUACGUGAAUUCGUCUGGGUCGAUUCUCCGGGCAACUCAGUUGACAUCUGCAGUAGGAUUAUAAAGCAUCACCGAGAGCCCAAUGAGCUUACAAUGUCAAACGUGAAUCCUAUUAUUUUAUUGUGCUGGCAGUGCACUAAUUUGAAACGACUUGUCUUACACGGUUACUGGGUAUGGCAGUACGAUCUUCUAGGGAUAGUAAGACUGCGUAGAAGUCUUCAAGAUCUAGAAAUAUCUGCUAUAUACAACAGACAAAGUCGUUUUACGUCGGCGACUCGCUGCGACCAUAUGGUUCGAGUUCUAGCUACAGACACACAGAAAAUGCUCGACCCUGACUAUGUUAAACAAGUAAACUCAUUCACGGAGUUCGAGUGGGCGCCUGUGGGCUGGGAGCGCCUGCACCCCGCGCUGCGGCCGCGCGCCUCGCUGGCGCAGCGCGUCGACUACGUGCUGCGCGAGAGCCUGCGAGCCGCACCGCGCGCGUGA